AUGAAAAUUUUUUUUUCUAUCGCCACCCUGAUUCCCACUGCUCUUUUAGUUUUCAUGUCCUUACUUAGAGGAGUUGAUGCUGAAGAUUCCCCUAAAAUAACCAAUAAAGUUUAUUUAGAUAUUGAACAGGAUAAUGUACUUCUUGGGAGAAUUGUGAUUGGCUUGUACGGAGAUGUCGUUCCUAAAACUGUUGAAAACUUCCGUGCUCUUGUCACUAAGGAAAAGGGAUAUGGAUAUGAGGGAUCUAUUUUUCAUCGUGUCAUUAAACAAUUUAUGAUACAAGGUGGUGAUUUUACUGAGGGCAAUGGAACUGGUGGAAAAUCUAUUUAUGGUCCAAAAUUUCCAGAUGAAAAUUUUUCUGUGAAACAUAGUGCUUGGAAGCUUUCUAUGGCAAACAGCGGCCCUAAUUCAAAUGGAAGUCAAUUUUUUAUUACUACUGUUUCGACACCCUGGCUUGAUGGAAAACAUGUUGUUUUUGGAGAAGUUUUAGAGGGUUUUGAUGUGGUGAAAAAAAUUGAAAACACACGAACAUCUUGGGGUGAUAAGCCUGUUAAAGCCGUUAAGAUAGCCAAAUGUGGAGAAAUCUCUACGGAAAAGCCGAUUUCAAAUGAAAAAGAAAAGAACCAGGAUCUAUGA